AGAACCAUUAUUUAGGAUAUUCCUGCAGCACUAAGAAAAACAAAACUGAAAGAAACUGCUGUGCGUCUUGUUCCUGGUGUGAGAAAUAGCGAUUCCGCCAUUCUUGGAAAGAGACUGCGUGAACUCAUGGUGACAUUUUUCAUCUUGUGCCGGCGCAAAUAGUGACUUUUACCCUUAAAAAGGUUUUAAAGUCAACCGUGAAGAUGACUUCCCAUCGUUAUGGUGAAAUUACUGGACUAAACAGCUCAUUAAGUGAGAGGCAAGACUCGAUGUUUGAUCGCUAUUUGGAGGAAAUGAAGCCAUUCGUUCUUCGGCUGCCUCACAAAUCAGGUAACCUAACACAAGUGCACGAUAUACAAUUCAGUUGCUAGGCUUUUAAGAAUAUUGUUACGUUGGCAGUUUGCUCUCUUUGUUUUAAGUGGUGUUGUGAUGUUUUGUUAAACAUCACAACAAGGUCUCUCCAGACUUGUAAGAGAAGCCAUCGACAAAGAUCACAAGCAAAUGUUACAGGGUUUUAAAACAUUAUAAACAUUGGGCUUAAAGCUUAAGCUUUACUUUAAUCUCAUAACACCUGAUAACACCCAGGACAAAAGGCAUAAUUAAUAUAACCUUGUAUACGAUCCUAAACUGCGUUAAUCGUCAUAAUUUAAGUGAACUAGUUUUUUCGAACGUUUCAGAUCGACCAGGGUGUUUGGGUAAAUGGUGUAUGUUUUUUAAAUACAUCAUUUAACUUGAAUUAAUACUAUAUCUUUAAGGUGAAAUACAGCUAAUUAUUUUGGGCUUCACUGUUGUGUUUUUUCAGAGAAAUUUGGCAAACCUCGCCUAUCAACAAUUUUUUCUUUUUAUUUCCGGCUGUUUUUUUUGUUACACCAUUGUUACUUCCUUGCCAACCUUGACCUUAUAUUAAAGUUUUGUGCUUUAAGAAUGAAAAUAUUGUUAUCUGUACCUUGUCCUGUGGUUCUCAGUUCCUAACAUGGUAGCAACUAUAGCGGAAAAAGGCAUCUGCUCUUGUCGAAACACCUUAAAAAACAGGGCAUACACACUGUAACACAAUAGGCACCCUUGAGGAUCAACAUAGGUUAAGUACUUUUAGCCUUAUUUUCUUUUUGACACCCUCCACUGUAUAGAUCUAUCCCAAUUAAUGUUUUCCCAAUAUAUUAUUCAUUCUGACAGAUAAAUUUUCUUAAAAAUAGAGAAAAUUUUAUGCAACUACAAUGAAAAGUAAUGAACAGAAACAGUUCAGUGUGUGUUUCCCCUGGGAACUGUUAGCUGAUGUAAGCAAUUAUCCAGGCCUUAUUCCUAAUGAGUCGUCUACUUAUAACUGUCAAUCUUCAUUUGAACCGAGAAUUUUGAUUGUUAGUUCAAUUCCUUUCUGGUUAAUAAAAGGCUUUGCAAAAAGAUAAGCAGAAUCCAGCUCAGUAUUAAUUCUAACUGUAAAUCUGACUUAGGCUUAAAUAAAAUUAUUGAUUUUAAGAUAUCGUCUGGGCUGGGCACAUUAGAAGUUUGUCUAGACAGGGACUUGUAUGCGCACAAUCUGUAACCAUGUUAGUUUCUUGAAGUGCAGUACUACUUGUAAUCACACAUGAAGGAAAUAAUAAUAUAUUAUUGAAUUAUGAAAAAAGAAGAGAUUGGUUAAUCUUCGGUCCAAUCAAAUCACAAGCAUAUAGUAUCACAAGAACAGUGUAUGGGUUUAACUGUUUAAUCAACUAAAGAAAUGAUGAGAUUUGUGUAGGAGACAUGCUAAUAUCAGCAGAAUCAUUGACGGAGAUCCUUCCUUUGUCCUAAAACAGAGUUUCUUAAAAUGUAUAAUGAAGCUUAAUAACAGUUGAAACAUUCAUUGUAACAGAGAGACAAAGAGUGGCAUUAUGGAUCAAAAAGCUUUGUGAACCUCCUGGACCAGGCACAAGCGGAAGGUAAGUAGACAGAAACACUUAAUAUCAAAACCUAGCUUUGAUUGUUAAUGUCUGCAUGAAACUGUCCUGGAUAGGGAUAACUUGCAGUCACAAAGCAGAAGUUAAACCCAAAAUCUUGAAAAAGUUUACUCAAACCAGUCUCCUUUCAAAUCAAUUUUCAGUAAAUUUUAACUACCAGCUCAAACUCCUGCUAAGUUGAACUUUUUAUGCCCCUUGGGAAUUUCAGUUAAUAAGGUUCUACUCUAUCUAGAGCUAAAACAACUAUUUUAAUAUUCAGACUGAUAUUGGGCAAAUUACUGCCCUUAUUGCCUUACUUGCUUACUAUAGGCUCCCUACUGUGGAGACCCUAAGGGCCAGAUAUUUAAACAGAGUUUAGCUGGUGUUUAACAAAACCACAUUCCAAGCAAUUUUCAGUUAGCCAAAUACCUUUAUUAAAACAUGUUUUGUGUUUAUGGCGUAGAAUAGAAAGCACUACUUGUCUUCUUAAAACAACCUGCUAGGGAAAAGAUCUGAAGGUCCAAAGAUUUCCUAAACCGUGGUCUAAGUUAGACUUUGUUUAAAUAACCGACCCAAAAUUUCUUAGAUUCAGACCUUUGGCUCACUACAUUUUUUCCUAAAGCAUAGCCUUGUACACUGUAUAUGACCUAAAACAUGAGUAUUGACAUUUCUCGAUCUUCCUCACACAGAAAAAAUCGUAACCUGUAUGCACAGUUGUUGCUUCAUAUGGUAAAGCGUGGCCUUUUAGAAGAUCCUUUUACUAGAAGACCAGAGGCGGGACCACUUCAGCCACUGCCAUCUUAUAUGGUAUAAAAUAUACAACAUGUACAUAUUCUAGUUAAAAUGAAACUUAGGUUGAAAUGGUUCUUACCUACAGUCUCAGACAGAAAUAGUUGGGACACUUCCGCCAAAUGCUGUUUUUUUUAUUGUCCUCCCAAUGUUGUGUAUCGCAGUUAACUCACCAAAUCUUGCACACCAACAUUAGGAGGGUAAGAAGACAGUGAAGUGUCCCAACAGUUUUGCUUGGGACUCAAGGUUGAUUCUCAAUAUUCUUUUAUCUCCUAUGCUGUAAACCUUAGGAGACAGAAAGAGGUGAGAAUCAAAAGCUUGGUAAUCAAGGGAAGAAUGUGGGAUUGCAUGUAGAUCAGGAGUCACUGAGAGCCUGACUCCACUCUCCUCUUCAAUAAUUUCAAACUAUAUUAAGGGUAACAAAGUAGUAAGUUGUGCUUCCAGUGGAGCCAAGUGCAAUUUUUUGUUGCCAGACAGUUUUGUACAAAGGGUCAUCUGGUCAAUAGUGCAUGUCAAAUUUGAGUAUAUAAGAAUAAGUAAAUUGGUGCAAAAUCUCAUUCUUUUUGUUGCAGUCCAUAUAUCUUGAUGAACCUGUAAGUAGAAAAAGUGCCACUGUGGAACUUGAAGAGGUAAUAAUUAUGAUAUUUUAUUUACAUUACUUUGUUCUGUUUCUUAUUGUCAACACAUGUAUAUGUUGUGGUUCAAAAUUUUCCUACUAGUUAAAAGUAAAUGGUUUUCAAACCAUGUUAAUUUCAUUUUCUUCCUCUGAAAUCAGUUUCUCUAGAAUGGACAAUAACUUUUGAGCAAAGGAAAAUUUGAACCCUAAAAAAGUCUGGUACAUGUACAUUGAGUUGAGAACUGAUUAUCAACGUUUAAUUUUGCCCAUACUCAUGGUAGUUUAUAUAAUGGAUACCUUUAUCAGUACUGAUUUUUGUUUAAAAAAAAUUGCAUAAUUUCCAGGAGUUUGGUCAUCAACCCCCUGACUGGCUCAGAGAGAUUGCUAGUUCCUCAGGUAUAGAGUUUAUCUUUCCAUUAUUGUGUGUUUCAUUGAUGGCAGAGUAUGUAUAUUAAGAGCUUCUUUGCUCACAAUAAUAUGAGGUAGAACUGUGUUAUGGAAUCUAGUACUUCCCAGCAUUAAAGUUUUAACCUGGUUUGUCUUUUUUAUUUUAGGAAGUAUAUAUUCUGAUACAUCUGGCAGCAUUCCUCUUCAUCCAAGAAGGUGUGAUGAUAUUAACACAUGUAUAUACAAGGCAUACAUGUUGCCGGGUUCAUUCUUCUCCCUACACAAAAAACCCUAAAUAAAACACUUAGGAUUAAAACCUAAAUUUUCAAUGCCAGUUCAGUGCAUUUAUUACUUUAUUUUUCCCGAAUCCCUUAGUUUCAUUAUUUUAUUCAACAAUAAAUAAAGAAUACCAUCCUGUAAGUUUUAAGAAGAGCAAUAUGUCAUUUUUUUGUAUUCCUGUUUCAGGGAGCUUCCAACCACAAAUGGCGUAAAUCCCAUUCCUCAACCACGGUCCACAACUUACAGCACUAGCAGAGAGGAGAAAAAUGGCUAUGAAGUGGCUCCAGGUUUGGAUCAGGUCCUCGAAGAAAAACAGUACAAGGGACGUCAUUCAGUAGGUUAUCCAUCCGAAGAUAUUCUAGAGUCAAGAUAUGGGGGUCGGAUUUCUCCACCACCUCGUCGAAGUCCUUCAGAGUACCAGCACACUGAUUCAGGAUAUCCCUCUACAUCUCCUGUAAGUAUGAAGACAUGGGGGUGCUGGGGGAGGUGGGGGGGAGGGUGAAUGAAUAGGAGAGUAUAUGGGAGUGGAGCCGAUUUAAAUUUGUUUUGAAGUUACAUUCUUGGAAGUUCAAAAUAAAUAGAUGCAUAACCUUUAACCUCUUUUAAAAAAGGUUUAAAGCCAAUAGUUUAUGGCUACAUGUCCCUUUGUUUUGGUACUUCUUCUUUUGAUAACCACAUUAAUUUUUUGUUAUUUUUUUAUUUUCAUUUAGCCAUCAAAAACAAACCACUACAAUGGCUUCACAAAAGGUGGGUUCUUUUUUCAGUACCAAAGACAGGUCUGUUGUAAAACUGUGUCUAAUAUAUGUAACAUGACUAACACUUACCUCUCCCUUUAUUGCUACACUUUAGGUAGUUUUCUUGAUUCACAUCUUUCAUUGUACCAUCCAGAACAUGUCCUUCCAUUGUUGCACUCUAAAGUUAAGGACCCCGUCCCAGUGGCAUAAGUAGCUUAAUAAUUAAUGGGAUUUUUGCACCCUUUGUUUUCAGGCUCUUUUUCUCUUUUUUUAAAUUGUUUUCUUUUGUUGUCUUCUAAAGGUCUAUCAUCUAUCAAUGGAACUUUCAGAGAUGACCAUAGUUUUAGUCGAUCAAGUGACAGAGAGGUACAUGUAACAACCAGUGCACAGAAAUAAAAUAAUGAACAAGCUAUAACAAGCACUUUUACAUUUUUAACAUAAUAAAUUGGCUUCAACAUUAAGACUGAAGCAAUUUAAUAUUUAUAUAAUAACCCAUCAACUUGGUUUCAAAGUUAGAAAUGAAACAAAACAAAAAAUUAGUGUCUUUUCUCUUCUUAUGUUGCUCAUGACAGAAAGUAGGCAGAGUUUGAGUUUAAAUAAUAUUGGAUGCUUCACAUAUAGUUGUAACCUUCUAGUGAGACCAAUAUUUUUUAAACCGUCUAAAUAUUGUCCUCUCAAGAUCAAUUAGUUAAAACCUUUUUGAAACUGUUGCAUGACAUGCUCCCCUCUCUGAGUUUUUGUUAACAACGUUCAGUUUAAGUUGUUUACCUGUCCCUUUCCUUUAAAUUAAUGUAGUAUUCAUUCUCGUCUUUAUUUAUUUAUUCGAUGUACUUCUUUUUUAACUGCUGUUUCUUCAGAUUGAGCUAAGAACGAAAAUGGUUGAGGCAAAGUACCAUGAAGAUAAGCUUAAGCUUCAGCAGCAACAUGAUGUUGCUGUCCAAAAGGUAAUUCAAGUAGCAAAAAGUUGAUAAUAGGUCAAGACUAAAAAUGUUGCUGUAAGUUUGUAAAAUUAAGACAUUUUAAAAACUGUACCUUUAUCCUUUUUCCAGUUAUUUUGUGGGUGUCAGAAUGCUGUAAGGUGUCAGUGAGUCAUCAUUUUGAGAAAGUAAUUGUGUCUAACUCUUAGAUAUCAAGGAUAUGUUUCUUUUUUGUAGAUUUUAGACAGAAAGAACAUGGAAUUAGAGGAAGUGAAAUCGCACUACAGAAACAAGAUAACUGAAAUGGAAGCAGCUGCUAAGAAACAGGAAAGAAAAGGUAACAAUAAUUUAAGAAAAACGUUUUACCCACUUCCCUUCUCUCCAAGAUCCAAAAGAAAUGAGAAGCACCUCAUUUAGUAGCACAAUUCUGUCUUGGCAACUCUUUGGCCAACAGUGGUUAAACUGUAAGUUGGAGGAAAAGUAGACAGCAAAAAGACAUUCACUAGGAAUGUUUUGCACAAGUAACAACCUAAUGCUGUAUGUUACAUAGUCACUUGAUGAAAUUCAGUGAAAUAAGAAUUAUUAUUGCUUUGUCAGGAUGUUGGGACUUUAAUCAUAUACCCACUAAAUAAGGGAGGGCAAUGCUUGUUGCAAAAUGGAGUGCAAUAUUUCUCCAUUCUCUAUGGAGGUUUUUAUACCAUUGAUAAUAGAUUAUUGAGGACACAGAAUGUUGUGCUUGUUGAUAGCUGUUCACAGAUCCUCUAUUUUCUCCUUAGUUGAGAGCACGUAUGAAAAUGAAAACCAUGGAGGAUAUAUUCACUGCUAGUUCCAUGGGGUGGGGGAGGGGGUGUAAAUAUUGCACUCACUCUCCAAAUUUCUUUGGGGGGGGGGGGGGGGGGGGGAAAAAAAAAAAAAAUUUUUGCAAAGAUGGGGUGGGGGGAGCUGAAAAAAAAUUUUUAAAUUCUCUUGCAAAAAACGGUUUUUAAAAACAGUAUUUUUUUUUUGUUUUCCCGUUUCAAAACCCUCCCUUUUUUUAAUUUUACCAUAAAGGGGCCUUAUUCAUUUUAAAUGAAAUAAAACACUAAAACAGAAAAAGGCUUUUUUUAUUCAAGUUUCCCUACAAAGUCCUUUUUUUGUCCGCUAUGGCAGUAAAGGGUAUAAAAGGAAAAACGUGGGUGAUAGUUUCACGGGUAGUUCCCUGGGGGCGGGGAGGGGGUGUAAAUUGUGGCUCGCCUCUCCAAAUUUUUUUGGGGGGGGGGGCGGUGAGGAAAGAAAAAAACAUAUGUGCACAGACUGGUAUGCUGAGAGCUGAAAGAAAUUUUUCAAAUCUCUUUGCAAGUACAGUUGUUCAUCACCAGUAUCUGUUUCUUGUGUUCCCGUUUCAAAGCCAUCACUUUCUUGAAUUUAUCAUCAAGAGGGCCUUAUUCAUUCUAAGUGAAUGAACACAUUACAAAGGAAGAGUGCUUCUUGUAUUCAGUUUCUCAGCUCGUCAGAGAAGCACAAACAAUGAAGGAGCAGAGAGAUCAACAAAUAGCUGAACUCAAGACUCUGGCUGAGCAGAGUGGUGAAACAGCACAGCAUGGCUUUGAAAAAAAGGUCAGUACCUCUUUAUACCUACUUAUUAUCUUAGUUAGAUGUUUUGUUGAGAACAAGGAGAAUUGUACACACAACUUAGUAUUGAGAAAAUCUCAUUCUCUUUUAACUGCCCAACACCCAUUUCAAAGGGAAUGACAAGGUUAUUGUUUUCUUGUGGCCUUAAUUCAGUUGAAUGACAAGAUAGCAGAGUUUGAGCAAGAGAAGUUUGAGAUGCAAAAGCAACACACACAGAAUAUCCAGGAAUUACUGGACGAAACAAAUCAGAGACUGCAAAAAAUGGAGACUGAAUACAAUCAGCAAAAUGCAGCCACAGUAAGUGAAACAUGCAUUGUACUAAGCAUAUUUGCAAAAUAAAUAUAAAAACCCAUGGGAGCGAGGAAGACAAGGUUUGGGGAGGCAGUGUGACCGAGUGGUUAGAGCACUGGUGUGGCAAUCCAGAGGCCCGAAUUUCAAGUCCCCCCCUGACCGCUAGCAGGAUUAAUUCAUAGUAGUCGCGAGUUUAAAUCCUCAGCUAUGCUUGCCUAUAGCCAACUGGUUUGCCUCUGGGCAAUGGGGAUUUGUUACUUGAAAUGUUUAUUUAAAUUUGUUGAUCCUGACUUUUGUAGAGGUAUCAGUUGUUAGAAGAUUAGGUGACAGUACUUUCUCAAGGAAUCCAGUUCUUCUAGAUGAAAUUUUUGAUAAAUGCUAGAAGGCAGUAUCUGACACUCAUUGUGAUUGCUGUUCUUUAGAGGCUUGUAAUUCAGGAGUUGGAAACAAGAGUUCAACAACUUACUCAAGAAUCAGAAGGUCUUCAAAGCUCACGAUCCAAGCUUGCAAAGGAAAAGGUAACAAAAAUCAUUACUGUGGCACUUGUUGUUGUCACUUGAGGGCCCGCAGUACAUACUGGCCCCUCUGUUGUGGUUAUCCUGUCUUGUAAAACCUAUUUUAGGUGCAUUCUGGUGCUAAUUAAUUCAUUUGAAAUUAUACUGGAGGCCUGUCAAAUCGUGGCCAUGAAGAUAGUAACAUCAUUUUCUGUAUUAGAAAACUUCAUAGGUCAACCAUAUGUCCGCCUUUCAGCCGGGGUAGCUACAGACAUGCUAUUGCCUAUAGACAGUCAAUGCAAACAAUUAGAAUGUAUUUUCCUCUUACAAUGGUGAUCUCCAGUCUUCCUUAAUAGUCAACCCAAACUGAAUUUCUAGCUUUUCAAUCAAUCUGGUUAGUCUACACCAAUUAGAAGCAGAAAACGAAGCAAAAUUCAUUAGCAAAUGACAAUACUUUUUACAUCAAGUGAGGGUCACAUGCAAAAGCGCAGGCAAAUUUACAUAGAUAGAUAAAGAUAGAUGGUGACUUUCGUUAACGAAGGUGGCACAUGGCAGUUUUAACAACUGAUGACCCAGUGGCCCUCAAAAAAUAGAUUAUGUGAAAGAAAAAUAAAAAUUUAUAUAAAUAAAAAUUUAAAAUAGUUACACUUAUUCUGGUUAUUAUAAACUCAAGUCAUAAAAAUGUAUUAAAACUGAUAUAGAAAGAGACUAAAAUAUACACAAGAUCGUGAAAGUUAAGAUGAAAUUCAGAAGAAGAAACUAUUGGAGAAGGGGAAGGGUCCUGAAACCUUCACCUGACUCAGUGAAUGACAGUUUUAACCUAAUGAUUCACUUUGCUGCUUUUUUUUAGGAAGAACUUGAACAACAGGCAUCCUCCCUGUCCAGUGAAUUACAAGAAGCCAAGACAACGUAAUUACAUUUGCCUCUAAACAGUUUUUUGUUUUCUGUAUCUAUCAAAAUAUUUAGCACAUUAUUUCCUAGUUUCUGUUGAAUGUUCUUUUAGUCGUAGUCUGCAUACAUUUCUUGCCAAAUUUGGUAUCAAUCAUGGUAUCCUACAAGAGGGUCCUUGAUCGAUUUUUUGGGGUCCGGGAUUCGGGAUUGAAAGUAUGCACGGGAUGGGGAUGCCCAAAAUAACAUUAAGGGAUUGAGCCAAAGUUUGCAUCGGGAUGACGGGACUGAAGAACCCAGCAGGAGACGUACACAUAGCCAACAGUGACACUCAAAAUUUUGUUUUUUUUCUUUUCUUCAAAAACAAAAUUAAAACUUGGAAUAUUCCUGGCGGUGGGACUCUCUAAGUCAUUUUCAAGCUAAAAUGAGGGGCUGGGCGGGGGAGAGAGGUCGUUUGGUACUUAAUUAUGCAGCCUUGGCAGGGAUGAACCGCUCAAUAGAAUAUGACAUUUCAACGUACUGAGUUUGGGCCGCCUGUGAUCGAUCUCACAGUGUGGUGACAAUCCAACCUUCCUCAUGGUUCUCAUCGCUGUAUGGAUACCAGGAACAGAUACUGGCAGGUUAGAACUAGUUUAUCUAAUACCAAAUAAGAUUAAAAGAGUCUUGUAUGUUUGCUUUUUAGCCUGGCAAAAAUGGAGCGAGACCAUUCUUCUGCAAUCAAUGAACACAAAGCAGUAAUCAAACAGUUAAACAAGAAAACGGAUGCUAGCAUGGAAGGAAUGAAACAACAGCAUGCAGGAGCCAUUGCCAAGGUAUCUGUCCGUUUUAUAUUAAUGAACUUACGCAACCGGACGGGAACAGAAAGAAAACGGCAUUGUGUGGCAAGCCAGGGUUCUAUCUAGGAUUUAUCGUUUGGGGGAGAAGUCCCAAGUGGCGGAAGGCCACGAGCUUCCUAGGGGGAUCCGGGGACAUGCUCCUACGGGAAAUUUUUUGAAAUGAAUAUGCGCUGAGAUGCAAUCUGGUGCAUUUUGAGACACGAUUGUGUCCUUAGACAGGGAAUACUUACGUCAUGUGCACUCACCUCGUCGCGUCUGGAUGAUUUUUCCGAUAUAGUUAUAUACUUAUUAUAUACUGCAAUGAUAACAAUGUUUUUUAGGGGAAGCUGGGCAUUUUGCGGGGAAGCUUCUACCCCUCAAAUACCUUAGAUAGAACCCUGCAACCUUGGCAACAAUUAUGUUUGGAAAAAUUUUCAAAACUUGUCAGCACCUGUCACAAUGAAAAAAGCGUUGAGAGGGGUGAUUGAAAGAAGAAACUCUAACAGACUUGGUGAAUAAAAACCACCAGCUAACCUAUAUGAAAUGCAAGUUUCAAUUACGAUGAACCGCCUCAUGCGCUGGCAGCCUCAUUCUUUGCUGACUUUUGGAAUGUGUAGUAUCUCCUUCCUCGUGACUUCAAAAUCUAUCUUGCAUUUAUCUGCAUCGUAAAUUUUUUUGAUUUUGUACGAGAGGUAACUGGCAAUGUUCCUCUCCUUUUUGUAAGAAAUUUCGUGAGUGAUUUUAUGAUCUGUGUACAUUUAGGCGACAGACACGAUAGCGGAAUUGGAGUCACAGGUUACCCAGCUGAAACAGGCACUCCAAGAUACUGAGUUUCAACGCCAGAGACAGCUUAGGGUAAGGAUUUGAUUUGAGUUACCACUGUCCCAGCAGCAGGUUUUAUAGUUAUCUUUAAUUAUGUCUAAACAUGCGCCACUUUGGAAACAAGAGGGAAACUGGGCCGAGUUGACUGUUGCAAAGACUUCUGGGACUAUUACUAGGGACUAACCUGCAUGUUCCCAGUAACUAUCCCACAAACAAUUGCGCGACGCAGUGCGGCCCCAGUUCCCUUCUCUUUCACACUGCACAGUCAUCCAAAGCGGUCAUCGUCCACAAAAGGAACUUCAGGACCCUAUUUUUUUCUCCGAUUGACCACGCCUUAGACAUUUUUUCUCAUUUGAUAACGUGACGUAAUAGACGCUUUUGUGACUAGAAGGGGAGUAAUUGACAUUCUAGCGCUUACAGGAAGUGUAUUUGGUUAUAGCAGUUUUGAUGCUUUUAUAUUAACAGGAACUAGAAGCCGCGCACAAACAAGAGAAAUUAAACUUAGAGCACCUUCACGAGAAAAAGGUGAGCGACCUUAGUUACAAUGCUGAACAUGCUGUUCUCGAGGAAUAAACUCCAAAUGGAGAGAGCUUUUUCGAAGGCUAGAUAUUUCUUUGUUCCUUUUUCAGAUUCGGGGGAUUCAGGCAGAGCUAAAUCAGGGUGAAGAAGAGUCCGAGAAGCGUAUUAGAAAGUUGGAGGUAGCUCUGAAGUAAGCUCGCCAUGUGAAUGCAAAUGUUCUUUGUUGUUGUUGUUGUUGUUGUUGUUUUGCUAUGAGGAAUUUAGGAUUCCUUAAUUAUUACUUAGAUUUUGGCAUCCUCUCUAUUUUAUGGAGCGUGAAACCUGCAUAAAGUAGCCUUCGUUCUUAUCAUACCCCACACAAAUCGUAUUGCGAUAAUCAGAACCCUGAAAUAGUCUAAGAGCGCCGAGGAAGGUAUGAAAUAGGGUGUGACUUUGAUCCCCUCAGACACAUCUUGUGCAUAAACCACAUCUCUCAGAAGUCAUCCUUGAAAUUUUUUCAGUCUUGCGAACUGAUGAUAUGCGAUUUUUAGCUUUGGCAAUAGUCGGUUCAGGUUUGGUUCUCAGACCGUUAUCUUUUGGGUUUCAAAGCAACCGACACAUCAAACAUUUUUGGUACAAAAGGGUAGAAAACUAAAAGAAAAGAAACGGAAAUGUUCAGGCAUCAACACUUCAUAAGCGUUUGACUUGAGCAUGCACGUUCACAUGGUGCUAAAUAAUCGUUUUUUUUUUCUAAAGGGAACGUGACGAUCAAGUACAAAAGCUUUCUGAAGUUCAAAAACAGCAAGCUCAGCAGGCUGAACUAGCGCUGGAGGAUUUUAAAAGUCAAGUAGAGAGAAACUCAGGAAGAAUGUUCGACGAGAUGAAAGCACAGGUAAAGCUUAUUCCGCUGUCAGUCAUUCGUUUAGCGGUCAGUCGAUCUGCCAGACAAUCACUAUCGAUAUGUUGUUACCAUUCAGCACUGGGCACUCAGGGUUUAUUCUAGAGCGAGGCCUUGCGGGAUUUCCGCAAUUUGGAAAAAAAAGCCGCAUAAAAUUUACGUUGCCGCGUCAAAUGGGGCGCAAAAAAAUUAAACCCAAGGAUAAGCACUAUUUUUUUGAAAGAAGCUUUUCAUUUACGUUAAAGCAUUCGAGUCAUUUGAACUUCAUGUUCAGUACUUGCGGGUCUUUAAGUGAUAAUUUCAAUAAACGUUCGUUUUCUCAUGGAACAGUCUGUACCAACAAGUUCAAAUAGCUUUGGGGGACCCCCUUUCUUGGACCCCUUUCUUGAAAAAGGGCCCCCUAAAAUUACAGAAGGGGGUCCAUUUGACCCUCAUUGGCCAAUUUCUAGAAUAAACCCUGAGCACUGACUGUGCCUCGUCCACAGAAAUUUGCUUUCUCAUCUGGGAAUAGUUGGUUAAUUAUUGAGGAAAGCGGGGGGAUGAGGUCUCCUUCCGAUGAUCAACUAUUAUUAUUCUGCAGAUGGAGAAAGUUGAAGAAGACCUGGCUCGUUCUAAGAAUCUUCGGGAAAAGCAGGCAAAGGAAUUUAGCCGCCAACUAGAUGACCUCAAAAUCAAGCAUGAAAAAGAGGUACACUUUUUUGUAUGUCAAUUUUGUCCUUAAGUUGUGAAAAACAUUCAUCGUGUGUCCUUACCAUGAACUCUGAAAGAAAAGCACGUAAUGAUUAUUAGAAUUGCAGUAGUCCUCAACCGUCGAGUAAACAAAAGGUAACAAUUAUUUUAAUUCACUCAUACAGGACCAUAGAUACGUGCAAUCUUGGGCAAAACUCUUGCUAAAAUUGCAUACUUGGAGAGCAUUUUUCUAAACAUCGUAGCCGCGGCGAUUUUUCUCUCCCCCUCCCCCCUCAUUCGUGGGCGUUCGAAGUAAGCAACGUUGAACUGGGGAAGGGGUUUUUCUUUAUGCAAAGCAGUUGAUUUGGAAAUGGUUUUGUUGUAUAAGGUAGUGCGUGUAAACGAAAAAAUGUUCUCAAGUAGUUUUUUCCAGGAUUGUAGCAAAAUUUGUGUUGAUCUCUAGCUGAUUGUGUGCUCGUGACGGAAACACUUAACUCGUCUGUUCUGAACCGAGUUUAUCUACUGCUAUACUUGCUAACUUGCUUACUUACUAACAUCCAUCCUUUUCCUUUUUUUCUCAGGUUGCAGAAAUAAGUAUUAGACACGAGCAGGAGAAAGCACAGACCCUCAGGGCUCAUCAGAUAGAAAGAGAUUCGUUAUUAAACGAACACGAACAAGGAAAGGUAGAAUAAAAGAACAUCAGCAGCUAAUUAUCCAUCGGUUUAGCAGAAAAAUACUCAUUCACCGAUGUCAGAUAAGACUCCGUAUUUGUUGAAACAACUACACCAGACUUAUACUCUGUUUCAAAAGCGGUUGAAACAGAGUAUAAGUCCAGUAGUACUAGUUCAUUUUGACGCAGACUUGUUGCUGCCCUCGGUUAGAACCGCCGACUUGAAAGACCUUUGUAUAAUUUUCAUCAGAUUUCUUUCCUCAAACUAGCAGGCGCCGGUUUUUUAAGGACGAAGGGAAAGUAUGGCCUCAGUUGGAUAGCGCUAUCAUCGGAUAGAUCAGUAUCAGGAAAACCAAUUGCGUUAUCCAGCAGAUAGAGAUUUAUCCGGUGGAUAGAUUUAUCUAACGCACUGUUUAAAUAUCUUGGGCCUGAGAACAGAUAGUUUAUUUUCGUUGGUUUUCAGUGACUUCUCUUUCUAAGGGGAGAUACCGAGAAGGCACAUUGCUUUUUUUGUUUUAUCCUUUCUUUUAGGAAAUGCAACUGGAAAAGCUUCGCCAGAAAAUGUUAGAACAUGAAAAUCAAGCCCGAAACAGGACAACAAAAGAUGCCAAGGUACUUAACGAGUUUAAAAGUAGUGAGCUUUUAAUCUCGCUGUUUCACCGCUCGUUUAGCUCAUUUGCACGCUCACCAAACAAAACCACCGGCUACUCAGGCUAAGCUUUUAAACUUUAUAUUUUGUCUCAUUUUACCUGGAUGCAGGCGGACUUUAAAUUGCGGUGUUACGUGUAUACAGUGCAAUUCUGAUAUUUCUUAUCUCCUCGGGAGAAGGAAAUUGGUUCGAAUGGUUGGAAGGGGGAGUUAAAAAUACUGUGGUUGACUGGGGGAGAGACGUCAGGUUUGGUUCAAAUUAUUGGAAGGUUCUCCUGGGUCUUUACUGAUUGAAUGUUUUCACUUCUUGGCAGACUAUUGCUGAGUUAGAGCAGCAAGUGAGAGAGUUACGAGAAGAGGUAAGUGUUUCUCUCGAGUACGCCAAAAUCGAGCAAGUGAAAGAAAGGCUCUGCUGGCAGAGUGCAAUUCUCUGAAUUUUUUUGUCACAUUUACAUUAGAGACCUUAAAAUUCUGAAAGAGGAGAACGACUACGAGUGAGAGAUUUUCUCAAUAGUAGGAAGUGCUCGCUUGGAGGCAGCGUCAUUUUGGCGGGAAAACGUGGUAGCCGCGGGAACAAGUUAUCAAAUGUUAGAAGUUGUAGCAUUUUACAAUCGGAAGAGGGCUCAAUCUCCUUACGAUAACAGUGCUAACUUUUCUGGUGAAAAAAAGUACAAUGAAGAAUUCCGGGGUAUCUAUUUUUUGACAAUACGCGAAAAAAACUUUAAAUCAAAUCUCGUACUCGUAGUCGUUCUCGUCUUCGAAUCUAAAGGUUUCUAUUCCUAGGUCCCCACAACGGCCACUUACCUCUGUCUGUCCCCACGGUGGGUGGGUAAGGGAGGUUUGAUCAUGUGGAGAGGUUAAGCAUCACGUUUACGUCAAACGGCAAACGCGAAUUUGUGCCACGUGACCAAGUUUCUGCUUUACUUGUCGUUUACAGUUCAUUAUUUCUACACAUGAUUUAGCAGUUUCACGCAAUUAUUUAUCGAUAAGAAUUAUUUGGAGCUGUUUUUAUCUGCUUAUUUUCUAUUUUGAGAAAUUCUUAACUUGAAUCUGAUGUUUGCCGUAUACGUGAAACUUAAACACUCUUGUAUUUCAAAUACAGUGGAACCUCGAUAUAACGAACCACUAUAUAACGAAGUCCUCGGUAUAAAAGCGAACGAUUCUCUUUACCCCAGUAAUUGUAAAAUAUAUGGAAGAGAACUUCGUUAUAGCGAACAAAUUUGGCCAUUCCCUGGCCUUUCGUUGUAUCGAGGUUCCUCUAUAUCCUUUAACGGUUACUCACCAUGUUUGGUGGCAGAUUAUUCAAGCGAAUUCCACCCACAAGACUCAGUUGAUGGAACUAAGCCUGAUGAGAGAAGAGGAGAAACAAAACUACAAGAGACAGGAAGAAAACAUGGUGAGCUGUGCAUUUUUAUUUGGCCUCAUUCAAGUUCUCCAUCAGCGUAUCAAGCGGUUUUUCUUUCAAAUAGCAUUCGAGGUAUACCGUAAAUCCUCUGUUUAAGCCCCCUCUCUCCAGUAAGCCCCCAUAACGGCCCUUUUUCAGAAAAAUAAAGUUAAUAAGCCCCUCUCCCCUCCCCCUUAUUAUUCUUCAGUAAUAAAUGAUAGACUGUAUUAAUCAAUCACCGGACUGUAAAACUUCGUGUGGACUGAUCCGCGAUGCAUGGUUUAUUCACCAACUGGAAGUUCGGAAUUGUUUUUGAUCCUCGGCUGCAUGACCUCCUCUUGUACUUGAGCUUUUCCACUUUGUAUUUUGGUUCUUUUUGGAAAAUUGAUACCAUCGUCUUUGCUAAAUUAAAUAUGUCCCCCGUCUCUAUUAAACCCCCCCCCCCCUCCCCCCCCCCCCCCCCAAAUGGGCUUGAAAUAAAUAUCCCCCCCGGGGCCUCUUCGAGGAUUUACGGUACUAAAAGGUUCCUUUGCAAUUAUGAUCUGGCCUUUUUUUUUCAUACAAAAAAAGUGUACGGUAAUAACAAUUUCCCCUUAUUCUUCGCCUUUAACCCCCCCCCCCCUCUCCCCGCCCUCCCCGUCAAAUGGGCUUGAAAUAAAUAUGCCCCCCGGGGCUUAUUAGAGGAUUUACGGUACUAAGAGGUUCCUUUGCAAUUAUGAUCUGGCCUUUUUUUUUCAUAACAAAAUAGUGUACUGUAAUAGACAUUUCCCAGUAUCCGUCGCCGGGUCUUCGAUGUGAAGAAGGCUUUUUGAUGAUUACCAACUCUCUUUGUUUUGAACAGCAAGUAAAAUUCAAGAGCCAGCUGGAACAGCAAAAAUUACAGUUGCAACGUGAACACAGCACGGAGAUGGAACAGAUUUUAGAAAAGGUAAGGCGGAAAAUAAUAUUGAUUUUCUAGACGUUCUUAAUAAGCCUGGGUACUCGUAUUUUUUCUAGAACCGCCUGAAGAGUGGUAACGAAGGUUUGUUUUGUAGUUAAAUUUUUUUCUAAGGCGAUAAUGAUAAAUCCUCCCUAGCACGAUAUGAUUAAUGGAAUUUUUCCUUCUGUUUAGACAAACAACAGAAUGAAACAGAUGGAAGAAGAAUACGUUGGCAGAUCCACCAAAGGACAAAAGGUCAGAGCAUUUACCUUUUUUUUAACAUGUCAAAGUAGACAAGUACAGACCUCCCUUAACUUUUGUUUUUACUUUUUUGUGGUGGCGAUUCAACCUCCGAGCUGCGAGCUCCGCUCUUUUUUACGCACAACACGCCCAUAUACUAUUCUUCUCAGCAAAGCGAGGGUGCUCUGUUGAAGGUUUGAAAAUUCCAGUUAACAGAGAAAGGUUGGUGGGCUGUGAGUACAAACAUGAUUGCAAAAUUUAUCAUUGAUGGUGUUAUGUCCGAUCAAGACACAUUUUGGGAUAUUUAGGCGAGCAAUACUUUUAAAUUUACAGCCCUAGAUUGCAUAAUUUAUUCUUUAGUAUAAAUCACUUCAACUGAAAAUAGAGAAAUUGCGGUUGCUCGUGUGCUAUUUUUAAUGGCUUAGAGUAUGUGCUAGGCACAUGUAAACCUCAGCGCAGACAUCAGUUCCUCUUGUUUAUCAAGUUUACAUAAAUUAUGUGUUGUUUCAAAAGAUAUAUUUGCUGCUUUGUUUUUUACCGCAGGUUAUAGAAACCCUAGAAGACGAAAUAAAGAAAUUAAAAGAAGAAAUUGCUCGGUAAGAUACGUGCCGUGUCAAGUUUUUAAACGUGAUCUGAAGUGAACCGUUGUUUAAGCUUAUUUAGGUUCAGUAAGAGGACCGUUGGUUAUCAGGCAAUCAGAACUGUCUUAGCAUGGACGUCAUACAUUAAAUAAAUUAACUUUGGAAAGAACAAAGACUGUAGAGGAAGGUAGUUUGAUUCAAUAAAAAAAGGACUUGCACGGUCUCUGGGUUUAGCAAAAUAUAUCAAAAGCAGCGCACGUUUUUUGCAGUACAAGUAACUUAUUGACGUAGGUCUGUGGACAGUUGCCCACAUGCGCAGAUACCAUAAUUUACAUAAGGUGCAUGAUAUCAAUUCAAAGAAGAUGCCGUGGAAUGUAAUGCCUCAUUUUAGCGAUAGUUCCAACCGAUCUACCAAUUUUGUGAUAGAUAAAGUCAUUAUGAUGCUUCCAUGAAAGUCCAGAAUCAAUCAUUAUACCCAAAUAUUUAACAGUCCUUCAUCUGUAAUAUUGUCAUUUGCAUAGAUUAGACUUGCAUCAACUGCGAAUAGAUAAAAAGUAAAUUUCUUGAAAGAUUUAUGGAUGUCAUUAAUAUAUAAUUAGAAAAGCAAGGGCCCAAGUGCAGGGCCUUGAGGCACUCCACAUACGAUCGUUUCAGUCUCAGAUAUGCAUUUGCCUAUUUCAAUCGACUGUUGGCGAUCUGAAAGAUAUGAUCUAAACCAAGAAUUUAUAACUCCUCUUACUCCAUAGUUUUCAAAUUGGAUAUCCUCUAGGAGUUCGAUUCUCUGAAGAAGUCAGUGUGGGGGAAGGAAAGCCUCCUGCUCCCAUCCCUCGAGACCAUGCUUUUAAGCUUACUCAAUUGCUAAGUACCAGAACACAUUCUAAAAGACACCUUACUUUUAACUAACUGGGACUAAACGUUCUUGCAGGACAAGAACAAGCUUAGAAAAGAAACUUGCUCAAACCACAGCUAAACACGAAGACGAGAAAGCAUCGGUGAAAAAGCAUCAUUCUACAAUUGUUAAGGUUUGUGAUUUGUAAUUAAUUUGUUCCUGGUGUUAUUGUUGUUUGAAACUUUAAUAUGUUUCACUGUCGCUAUCUUUCGUAACAAUGGUAACAUAGUUAACCUAGUAACUCCCAGCAUCCCACAAAGACGUUCUUAGGGGUUCGUCACGUGGAAACGCGUGACGGAUCCCUAAGAACGUCUCUGUGGGAGGCUAAGUAACGCCAAGUCCACAUGAAUCCGGACAUUUUUGAAACGGCAUAUUUUCUAACCGGAUUCGUUCUGACGUAACCUGAAGGAAACCACCAAAACGCAAGGAAGGAGGGGUGGUGUGGAGGUUGGCGGUUGCGUUACCAAUUUCUCCUCAACCACCCUUCCCAUAUUUUUUUUUGUUUUGGCCCAGCACUUAUUAUUGAUUCGCUCAUGCAAGGAUUGUCUGCUACGCAGUUGCUCGUAGGCCGAGUAGAGCUAACUCAGACUUUAAAUGUUAAACUUCCUGUUUUAUACACCGUUUUCUUCUUAUUUUGGCUAACUUAACUGGGUGUUGCCAAUCAAAGGCUCACCAAUAAUUUUUAUACGCUUUGUUAGCUUAAUUAACCCUAGAUUAAAUUUGACCAUCGUCCAAGAAACCAGGGCCAGUAUAGUGUGUUGCAAGGGAACUGUUGAUGGUUGUCAUCGAUCAUGAUGAACGUUCAAAAGAGAAUUCUUUUUCUCCUUAGUCCUUGCAGCAAGAUGUGGAAACGCAAAAGACAAUGGUCAAGCAUUUGGAGAAGCGUGUUCAACAAACGGAGCUCGACUCACAAGAAAGAGUAUGAAUAAGACCUUUGACAGUAACUGUAGUCAGUUUUUUUAUCUAUUUGAUUUGUUGUAAUUAGGAUUUUCCGUUCGACAGUUUGAAAAAACUGCCCACUUACCCCCCCACCCGUCUUACCCGACAUUUUACCUUAAGUGAAGGGUUAGAAUUACCUUUGGGUUCUGGGAGGGGUAGGUAGGAAGUUUUUCCUCCAGAAUCAUAUUGAUCAUUUUCCGAUAGGAAACUACAGGGAAAUAUACCAGAAGGAAAGCAUACAGAUGCGCCUUUAAAUUAUGGUUCUAAAAUUAUUCAAGGCAGUUGAAGGUUAUCCAUCCAUUUAUUUAUUUAUUCAUAUAUUUUGCUCCACAGAUAUCUCGACUGCGAUUACAGUACGAAGAGAAAAUGAAAGGUUUAAUGCCAGCUUCUCUCAGAGAGGUAAAAUUUUAUUGCCUUUGCUUAUUAAUGGAUAAGUUGCCCAGCAGAGUUUUCUCCCAUCGAAAACUACUUUCAUUCUCCAUUCUCGCUGGGAGAUAUCCCCUUACAUGCUACAUGCAGUGGCUGACCAAAUUGAGGCCCAAAGGGCCGGAAAAAAAUUUUGAGACCGGGCCCCCCCUCCCCCCCCUCCCUUUCCUUUACCUGAAGGUCUGGAUCUGUCACUGACAGGUCCCCUUAGGGAUCUUGCAAUUGAUAUAUGGGCAAGUGAGCUUUGAAAGUUUCUUACCCAGCAAGAAAAUCCACUUGUUCCGGAGCCGAACGGGACUUUUUUUGAGCCCUGUAACCCCAUGUUUUGACAAUUUACCCGUUGUUUGUAUUCCCAGGAGCUUGAGGAUACAAUCGAGUCGCUCAGACAGCAGAUAUCUGUGCUCCAAUCCCGUGCGCGAGUGCUACAGGAGGAACUGGACUCUGGGAACCGGCUUUCUUCGUCUUUCAGCACUUCUGCUGUACGCGAUCAGGAUGAAUUAUGAUCAAACUGACGAAAAAAAAUUACGUCGAAUAAGUAUAUAACAGAGUGGAGUGCAGGAUUUCUCUCAUCAAGCACACAGCAUUACUGUUUGACAUUCGAAUCUGAAAAAAAUAUAUAUAUCUAAGCAUUGUACAUAUUCUAGGCAAUAUAGUUUCCAAGCCUUCCUCUUGCACUUGUGGUUGCGAAAGCCCUGCAAACAAGCCCUUUGCCCGCGACACUUAAAUACAUUUGUAUUGUUUCAGUUAAUAGAAUAAUUUAAACAUGUUUUGGCAUGUAAAUUCCAUAACAGUGAUAAGCUCAGGUCUGAAAUUAUAAAAGAGUGUUUGAAGAUUUGUCCGUCGGUGUAAAACGCCAAAUGGUGAUUUCAAUAUUUUCCUAGUGUAAAUUAUUCCCCUUAGACGAAUAAACAUUAAAG